GCGCUUGCCCGCCGACCCCCUCGAGGGGCACCGUAUAUCUCGAAAGUGCUGGCCCUCCUGUGAUGAGCUGCACGUAUCUUUCUGAGCCAACGUUGUGUGCUUUGUUAUGUCAUUUUAUUGACCUUUACCUUUGAACCGUGUCCUACUCAAUCACCCACGAUACCCAAGACAUAAACACAUUAGACACAUUUCGUCUUUGCCUCGUUUAUUUUCCAAAGAGGCCAGCAACCUGCCUUCUACCUUUCACACUUUCUACAUUCUCCCCUCACCUCCAAACACCACCCACAUACACACACACAUAUACACAAUGGCGAAGACCUUCACAGUCCCCAGCGACCCGGAGGCGUCGAAACUCCUCGCCCAGCUGCGCGACACAUCCCUACCGCCCGCCGUCGUCCGGCGCGUGACCCGCGACCUCACCGCCUCCCUGACCAAGCACGUCCUCAGCCUGCCCGCGCCGCCUUCAUCACCGACCGCCAACGACAGCGAGCAGGUCGCCGUCAUCGUCGUGCUGCGCUCGGGGCUCGCCAUGGUCGACCCCGUCAUGGACUUCUUCCCCGACGACGCCGACACCGUCAUAUACCACCUCGGCAUGUUCCGCGAAAAGGUCAGCCUCCAGCCCGUCGAGUACUACAACAAGCUCCCGCCCAAGAACCCCCGCAUCAAGCACGCCUACGUGCUCGACCCCCUCGUCGCGACGGGUGGUACCGCCACAGCGGUCAUUGGGAUACUGAAGGACUGGGGCGUCGAGAAGAUCACCCUCUUCUCCCUUCUCGGCAGCAGGACCGGUCUCGAGGCCGUGGCCAACGUCUGGCCCGAGGGCACAGAGGUGUUCGCCGGCGGCGUAGACGACGGGCUGGAUGACAAGGGCUACGUCAAGCCCGGUGUCGGUGACAUUGGCGACCGGUUGUUUGGAACUGCUUUGUCUUGAAAGGAAGGAGAUCAUGAUGUUAUGUGUAAAUUCUUUUUGAUGCAAUAGAUAUCAAUUUUCUGUGCGACG